GCGCGCGGCAGCGCUGCCGGGGCGCGCGGGACGCGGGGCUCAGGGAACCGAGCCGAGCCGAGCCGAGCCGAGCCGAGCCGAGCGCCGCACGGGAGCUGCCCAUGGCCGAGAGUUUUCAGAAGAAAGUGGCUGACUCGCCUGAUGCGAUCCUGAGGAAUGGGCUGAACAACAGAUACCGUGUGCUGGAGGUCAGCGUGAUCCAGAGGAAUGGAAGUGACCCUGAGAAGCACCUGGCAAUUACAGCCUCCCCCUCACUGGAAGAUAGAGAGCUGUGCAUCCUUAGGAAUGGCUGGGAGUCUGUCCCGGUGGUUCCAGGGGACAUUGUUCAUUUGGAAGGGCAGUGCAGCUCUGGCACAUGGGUGAUCAAUGCCCAGAGUGGGUACCUGGUGCUGUACCCAGACCUGCUGCUCUCGGGCACCACCAUCUCCAGCAGCAUUCGCUGCAUGAGGAGGGCAGUGCUGAGUGAACGCUUCAGGGGCUCUGAGUCAGGCUCACCCCAAAUGCUCGUUGGGACAAUUCUUCAUGACAUCUUCCAGCAAUCAAUAACCAAUGACCUGACACAAGAAAAGGUGCAAGAGCUAGCAAAUAAAAUUGUGUAUGGACAAAAGUACCUCAAAGAAAUGUAUCUCUUAAAUAUGAAACAAGCACAAAUCAUGCAAGAAAUUGAAGAAUAUUUGCCAUCAUUUUUUAAGUGGGCAGAAGACUUCAUGCACAAUCCAGCGAACCAAAACAAAAUGCAACUAAAACUGUCAAAUGGUGGCAAACCAGAAGAUGUAUCUUCUAAGAUAGAGGUUGUAGAUAUCUUGGACAUUGAAGAGAAUAUCUGGUCUCCCAGGUUUGGGCUGAAGGGCAAGAUUGAUGUUACAGCCAGGGUGAAAAUCCAUUGCCAGUCUGGAGCACAGUCUCGGGUGAUGCCUUUAGAGCUCAAGUCUGGCAAGGAAUCCAACUCCAUAGAGCACAGAAGUCAGGUUAUUCUGUACACAUUGCUGAGUUUAGAGCGGAGGGCGGAUCCUGAAGCUGGAUUUCUUCUUUAUCUAAAAACUGGUACAAUGUAUCCUGUGUCUGGAGCUCGCAUGGACCGGAGAGAAUUAAUGAAGUUGAGAAAUCAUGUGGCCUUCUACUUAACACACAGUACCUAUAAAUCUGAUGUGGGAAGGCAGAAUUCACAGCUUGCUGCUUUGCCUCCUGUGAUUGAUGACAGUCAAACAUGUAAAUAUUGCUCCCAAAUGCACAACUGCUUUCUAUACAGCAGGGCUGUGGAGCAGAAGAUGGCCAGUGUGGCCUUUCCUCCUGCUUUGGUGCCUGUCAUUGAUAGAGAGACCCAGCACCUGAAACCCUCCCACCUGGAGUAUUUCAGCCUCUGGUAUCUGAUGUUAACCCUGGAGCUGCAAAGUGGAGAGCAUAAAAAGGGAUAUAAAAAUAUAUGGAUGACACCUUCUUUGGAAAGAGAGAAGGCUGGAGAUUGUGUUGGAAACAUGAUCAGAGUUGAUGAAGUCCAUGAAGUUUCUGAGGGACAGUAUCUACAUUUUUUCCAGCGUAGAAAUGGUGCCAUAUCUGGGACAAACCUGUUGGUUGGUGAUCGAGUGGUUGUGAGUGGAGAGGAAAAGGGUUUGCUUGGUUUGGCUACUGGCUAUGUUAGAGAAGUCAGUGGAACAAAAGUCUCCUGUUUGUUGGGCAGGAAUUUGUCCAACCUCCCCAAGAAUACUGUAUUUAGGUUGGAUCAUGAUGAAGGAGAUGUUGGUACAGGAGUCCCCUUUAAAAAUCUUUCUAAAUUGAUGAAAGAUUGCCCAGUCAGUGAAAGGCUCCGCAACUUGAUCAUUGACUUCCAGAAACCAUGUUUUAUUCAGCACUUGAGCUCUGUCCUUCCUCCUGAAGCAAAGGAAACUGUUGCAAAUAUUUUAAAAGGUCUAAAUAAGCCUCAGAAACAGGCAAUGAAACAAGUGCUACUUUCAAAAGACUACACACUUAUUGUGGGUAUGCCUGGAACAGGAAAAACAACUACAAUAUGUGCUCUGGUGAGAAUUCUUUCUGCUUGUGGCUUUAGUGUCCUUCUGACCAGUUUUACACACACAGCUGUGGACAAUGUCCUGCUGAAGUUGGCCAAAUUCAAAGUUGGUUUCUUGCGCUUGGGGCGAGCUCAGAAGGUUCACCCAGAUAUUCAGAAAUAUACAGAAGAAGAAAUCUGCAGGUCCAGAUCAAUUAAGUCUGUAACAGAUUUGGAAGAGGUCUAUAAUAGUCAGCCAGUGGUAGCAACAUCUUGCAUGGGAGUAAAUCACCCCAUCUUUGCUCAGAAGCAAUUUGACUUCUGUAUUGUUGAUGAAGCUUCCCAAAUCAGCCAGCUCGUCUGCCUGGGCCCACUGUUCUGCUCCAAAAGGUUUGUGCUGGUGGGGGAUCAUCAGCAGCUGCCUCCACUUGUGCUGAAUGCAGAAGCAAGAGAUCUUGGCAUGAGUGAAAGCUUAUUUAAAAGGCUGGAACAAAACCAAAAUGCUGUUGUCCAAUUAACUGUGCAAUACAGAAUGAAUAGUAAGAUUAUGUCAUUGAGUAACAUGCUGGUAUAUGAAGGUAAGCUGGAAUGUGGCUCAGAGAAGGUGUCAAAUGCCACUGUUAACUUGCCCAACCUAAAGAAAUUGAAACUGGACCUUGGGGAUGCUUCAAAGUCAUGGCUGAAAGAAGUCCUUGAUCCAGACACACCUGUGUGUUUUCUGAACACAGAGAAGGUCCCAGCACCAGAACAUGCAGAGAAAGGUGGCAUAAGCAAUGUGACAGAAGCUAAAAUAGUGCUUUUCCUCACAUCCUUAUUUAUUAAGGCUGGCUGUAAGCCCUCAGACAUUGGCAUCAUAUCACCCUACAGACAUCAGUUAAAAACAAUCACUGACUUGAUGGCAAAAUGGAAGGAGAACAGAGUGGAAGUGAACACGGUUGACAAAUACCAAGGAAGAGACAAAAGUAUCAUAAUUGUGUCCUUUGUCAGGAACAGCAUUGAUGAAAAUCUUGGCUCCCUGCUGAAGGACUGGCGCCGCCUGAAUGUUGCCAUCACCAGAGCCAAGCACAAGCUGGUCAUGGUGGGCUGUGUUCCCUCCCUGUGCUGCUAUCCUCCCCUGGAGAAGCUCCUCUGCCACUUGCAGUCCCAGGCAAUGAUCUUGAAUCUUCCAGUCGGGGCUCAUGAAAGUAUCCACAAGUGUAACAUCUUAUGAGUGGGAAGAUGGAAAGUUUUACAGGACUUUGUAUCUUCUUUUCUGCUGCUGUUUAAUGUAAAUAGCUGGGAUUUGGGGUGUCAAUGCUGAUGUGCACUCUUCAGUCUGGAGGCAGCCGAAACAGGAAGCAUUCAAUUAUUUGGAAGUUUCCUCUCAGCAGAAUAACAGACAUUUCUUGAAAAAGCUGAGGGUUACAGAACUAAAGCACCCAGCUUACUUGUGACAAACCAGAAAUAUGAAGCACUCUGUUCCUUCCUGCUGGAUAUUGCUAUAUUCUCUUACCUUGAUGAGCAGUUACCUGCAGAAGUGACUGGGGAAGCACUUGAAGAGGAAGGGAGUGUAAACCAGUGUUGUAGUGAGUCAGUUUUCUGGGCUCAAUUGGGUUUUAAAAACUUGAAAAUGUAGUUUACAUACAAUAAUUCCAUUUGUUAGAAUUACUAAUUAAGGUGCUGUGUUGUGCUGUUUGGAAAAAAAAAUAGAAAAAACUUCUUCCUCUUCUUCAAAAUCUCACAUUGUCCUUUGAAGUCUACUCCUGCUUUUAAAAAUGCUGAAGUCUUUUAUAUUUAUAUACAUAAUGUAAUUAAUCUCUCAUAUGAAGAUCCCUUGAUGACAUUGCUAAUCUCUUGAUUUUGCAUACCUCAGGGGGAAAUGUGAUGCUGAUUCACUUAAUCCCCUGCUAUUAACUUAUGUGUUCAGCAGAUCAAUCUGAAGUGAAAUGCUUCAUAUUAGAACUCUUGUUUUCAGUUUAUCUGAUCCGUAGUCUUCAAAACAAAAAGGAAACAAAACUAGACAUGCAGCUCGCUAAGAAACUUAUGUGCUCAGGUUGUAUUUUUUUAAAGGUGAUGGCAUAUAAACAACAGAAAGCACCUUUUACUUGAGAGAUCUCUGUUAGUUUCUUUAUGCUACCUCAUAUUCUACACCAGAGAGGCUGAGAAGUUUCUUUCCAAGGCUGCUGGUGGAAACAUCAAUUUUUUUGAUUCUUCAGAAUCAUUAGCAUUUGUUUUCUCUUGGAUCAAUGUCAAGUAGCUGUGUGCAUACAGUUGCAGACAAACUUGUUCAAUGUGGGCAUUUUCACUCUUUUAAACUCCUCCCUAACUUUUUGUAAUGUUUGAACUAAUUAAAGUUUGCUGUUGGUUUCAUUAAA